UAUCUGACAAGUUCCUGCCGGGUGAAACGGUACCGCGGACAUGGCCUGCGACUUGCUCGGCCCGUGAACGACCGUAUGCAUAUGCGCAUGCAACUUAAGUACUGGUGGUAGCAAUUAUUUAAAUAAUGCAACCAUGAGCUACCUGCACAAGUUUCGUCGACUACCCACAUUGACCCCACUGCGUCCGACGGCCAGGAGACUUAGUACUUUCUACAAUAGAGAUAGCGCCUCCAGGAUCCAGCUAUUCUCAUCUAUGUCAGACAGAAGCGACGAACCCACCCAGAACUCUGGACAGCCGUUUAACUCUGCCCCCUCAUUCCGCGAGACUGGCCCACCAAACCCCAAUUGGCAACUGAGACAGGGCCUCCCAGACCAUGUCGAACCUGGAAAGUCGUGGAAAGCAGAAGAAGAGAAAGGCUGGAAGACUUGGAACCUCUCAGACAUAUCGCCAAGGGAGAUAUAUCCUUUAUUGACUUCAUGCAUCGUGCCUCGCCCCAUCGCGCUUGUGUCCAGCACGUCUUCCGAUGGGAUACCUAACCUUGCUCCGUUCAGCUACUUUUCCAUGGUCGCGCACAAUCCGCCGUUAUUGAGCAUUUCCUUCUCUCAUUCUCCGCGGACUGGGAAGUCAAAAGAUACCAAAGAAAAUAUACUCGCGACAAAACAAUUUACCGUAAGCAUUGUCAGCGAACCAUUCAUAGAAGCAGCAAAUAUCACAACUGUCGACGCCCCUGCUGAUAUCGACGAGUGGGACAUCAGUGGUCUAACCAGAUCUGCCAGCAUAGACGUGAGGCCCCCAUGGGUCAAAGAAAGUGCCAUCAGUUUUGAAUGCGAGUUGUUCCAUUCCUACGAGAUUCGUCCGCCCAAUUCGGACGAGGUCACAAACACAUUGGUCUUGGGCCUCAUAAAGCGGACACAUAUCAGAGAGUCCGUUUUGACUGCAAGCGGUACCGUUGAUCCCGCUAAGCUUCGGGCCGUGUCACGCUUAGGUGGUGAUAUGUACGCGAGGAUCGGUGAAGGUUUCGAACUUUCCAGGCCACCUUGGACAGUGAUACGAGGUCAAGUCACGUCUGAAACAGAGUAGGGAGUCUGUUGCACUAUAGCGGAUACGAGCUCGCAUUGAUAGAAGGGUCCGCAUGUUCAUAUCAGUUUGCAUUUGGAAGGUUUCAGGUCGAGGGAUGCGAACGUUCCGAAGAUGCCGAGACAACGUUCCUUUGCGUAAGCAUCAACUACUGAGAAGGCCACGGAUAUGGAAUGCGUGUCAAUGGACCUGAUCUUUGUAGCGAACUUGGUCCGAAUAAACGACGAUGUAUUUCUCACCGCAUGGAACAAGCUGCACUUCCCCAUGGUACCAGGUUGAAAUGAAGCAAAG